AUGGCUGCCGCCCAUGCCUUGCUGCUCGCGCGCACCGUCGCGGCGACUCGCUCCCGCGGCAGCACGGUCGCGCGCGCGGCGCGGUCCUUCAGCGCCCUGCCCGCCGCCGCCCCGGCCGCCGCCGGCGGCGUCUCCGACGAGGCCUUCGGCGCCCUCAAGGCGACGCUCCUCGAGUUCAUGCACGAGCGCAUCUACCCCAACGAGGUCGAGUUCCUGAAGCAGUGCCACGCCCAGGGCAAAGGCACGAGCGAGUGGACGCACCCGCCCUUGAUCAUCGACCUCAUGCGCGAGGCCAAGGCCGCGGGGCUCUGGAAUCUGUUCCUGCCGGCCGACACGGCCGCGCUCGUCGGCGGCAAGUACGGCGGCGGCCUGACGAACCUGCAGUACGCGGACCUCUGCGAGAUCAUGGGCACGUCGGUGCACGCGGAGUUCGCCGCCCAGGCGACGAACUGCACGUCGCCGGACACGGGCAACAUGGAGACGAUCGCGCGCUUCGGGUCCGAGGAGCAGAAGCGGCGGUGGCUCGACCCGCUCCUCGCGGGCGAAAUCCGGUCGUGCUUCGCCAUGACGGAGCCCGACGUCGCGUCCUCCGACGCGACGAACGUGAGCGUCGACAUCCGCGGCGACGGCGACGACUACGUCGUCAACGGCCGCAAGUGGUGGAUCACGGGCGCCGGUUCCUUGCACUGCAAGGUCAUGAUCCUCAUGGGCAAGACGGACGUGGACGCGCCGCCCCACGCGCAGCAGUCCAUGCUCCUCGUGCCCAUGGACGCGCCGGGCAUCCGGCUCGUGCGGCCGUUGACGGUCUUCGGCGACGACGACGCCCCCAAAGGCCACAUGGAGAUGGUCUUCGAGGAUUUGCGCGUGCCGAAAGACUCCGUCCUCUGGGAGCCGGGCAAGGGCUUCGAGAUCGCCCAGCGGCGCCUGGGGCCGGGCCGCAUCCACCACUGCAUGCGCGCCAUCGGCCAGUGCGAGCGCGCGCUCUCGCUCAUGUGCGCGCGCGCCGAGUCGCGCGUCGCCUUCGGCAAGCCGCUCGCCGCGCGCGACGGCGUGCUCGAGGACGUCGCGCGCGCGCGCGGCGACAUCGACGCCGCGCGCCACCUCGUGCGCGAGGCGGCGCACCUCAUGGACGCCAAGGGCAACACGGACGCGCACACGCGCCAGCUCCUCUCCAUCGUCAAGGCGUUGGUGCCCGCGACGCUCCAGCGGAUCGCGGACCAGGCCAUGCAGCUCCACGGCGCCGCGGGGCUCUGCGCGGACACGCCCCUCGUCCACAUCUUCGCCGCGGCGCGCAUCCUCCGCAUCGCCGACGGGCCCGACGCGGUCCACUGGCGCAAGGCCGGCCAGAUGGAGUUCAAGCAGCAGCGGUCCUCGCGCCUCGCGCCCCUCGGCCUCUACACGCCGCCCCGCGACGCCAACGAGCCCCACUUCCGCUACACGACUGACGCCGUCUCCCCGGCGAAGCAGGCGGAGCUCGACGCGUUCGAGGCGCUCAUGCGCGAGUAA